AGGGGGGGAGAGAGGAGUGGAUUCAAGCCGCCCUCCAAUGGCGUACAGCUACCAUGCCAAUCAAUACGAGGGAGCCUACAACAACACCCGGAUGAACAGCUGGACCGUCCCCAAACCCCGGGAUCAAACCUCGAAGAGGCCUACGUUUCGAGAAGGAUCCAGCUUCUUCAUUGCAAAUGACAAAGGAUACCUGAAGCCAGGUGUGCCCCGAUCGAAGGCGAACCCCUGGGGAACAUUCCUCGGGACAUGGCAGAUGCCCCACCACAUCCCGCAACCUCGACCUAACCUCACAGCUCGGAACCCCGCCAACGCAGCCAGGCUGCUCAACCAGGUUAAGGCAUCACCCUUGUACCGAGCCAGCAACGGAUUCGGACUACAGGCAAUGUUCCCGCACUGUGUGGAGCAGGUCCCGGAGGAGACGUUUGAGGAAAGCUGUGGCCGGACCCGGGACUCCCCCGUGCCCCCUCCCCGACUCCCCACAAGGCUCAGUGACCGGGAGGCAGCGGCCGGCGGCUCCCGGCUCACAGGAGCCCCGCCCACCCAGAUCUGCCCUUCUCCUCCCAGGACGCAGGAGAGCGGGAGGGUCAUGACCCCCGGUAUGAGGGGUCAGGUGUCGGGGUGCCCGGAGUUCCAGCGGGAGGACCCCGCGGCACAGCCUGACCCCACCCCCAGGUGUCGGAGCCCUCUGAUUGGAUGACCCAGCAGGGGUCGGGGUGGGGUCGGGCAGCGGUUGGGGGACUCUGUCGAUUUGUGUUGACUCGUUAACCAAAUAAAAAUGCUGAAUCAAA